AUGCCGCAACCAACGCGAAAAAUAGGCAAAUGGGCCUGCGACGCUUGCAAGCUCCGCAAGGUCAAGUGCUCGGGCGAGUCGCCAUGUCCAGGCUGUAUGACUGCCGGCGUGCCGUGUACCUUCAACAAGCGUCCGCUGGUGCGGGGCCCCAGAGGCUUACGCGCAAAGACGAUCCGGCGGAUCACUGCGACUCAACAGCAACAGCAGCAGAAGGAGCAGGAGCAGCAAUACUACGACUGGUGUCAAGGUGCAGGGAGCCCUGGUGAGACAACAAUAGGUCAGACACCACCGGCGGGGUCGUCAAGUACACCAUCGCCAGCAGACGAUCCCCCCCAGUUCACUACCCCUGGCUUCAAUAAUCUUCCCCCAACAAGUCAUACUAGCGAUGAGUCCCGCCGGACGUCGACAUCGUCCCUGGUGCUGCGGCUUUGCGUCUACCGACUGAGAUUAUUCCCGGUCUGGCCCAUCGUGGACGUUGAAGAAGUCAUGGGAGACCUUCACCGCGAUCCGGACAACAUGGACGCCUAUGCCCUGGCGAAUGCCAUUGGGGCCGCAACCAUCGCCCAGCUCAAGCUAGAUAGCCCCGAGAGCAGGGAUACGGCGACUGGGGCUUCCAUGGAAUCCGAGUGCCAACGAGCCAUUGCCCUGCUCCGGAAGGAUGGAGGUGAUUCACUUAUGAAUAUCAAUGCCCUGCGCGUGUCCUUCUUUUUACACGUCUAUCAUGAGAAUCGGUCGCCGGGAGGGUCGAGCUCCUUGCUUUACCUCCGGGAGGCCAUUACCAUGGCCCAGAUUAUGGGCUUGCACCGAGAGGCGACAUACUUUUCAAUGACAACCCGCGAGCAGCAGAUGAGGCAAAGAAUAUUGUCCCUGCUGUUUGUCACGGAAAGAGGAGUGGCGAUGCUUCAUAAAUUGCCCGUCAUGCUGCGAUACAACGCCCGCUUCAUCAACCUCGAUGAAGCCGACGAUGAGUCCCAUGUCUUACCCGCUUUCAAAAAGCUCGUGGGACUUUUCUUAAUGUUCGACCAGUCUGGCGCUUUUGACAUGCUGCACACCUCAGAUGAGAUCCAGCUCCCCCCAUACGAAGACAUGCACGCCAUGAAUCGGAAUAGUUUCAGCCUCCUCCAACGUCAGCUGCGAGAGGCCUCGAUCCAAUCCCGGGAAACCAAUGACGUUCAAAUGGCGGAUAUCUGCGUCACGACGCAGUGGAUGCAGGCCAUCUUAUGGAGGGCAUCGAUGAGCCGUAGAUCGACCCUUGACUCGUCCCAGCAGCAGAUGGUCUCACUCUCACAUCCGAUCCAGAUCGCCAAGGAAUUCCUCGAGACCAUGUCUCACCUUCCUAGUUCUGCAAUAGAGGCCCACGGGCCCGCUAUGGAAUAUAAGAUUUAUGAGAUUGCAAAGGCUGUGACCGACUCGGUAACAACCGAGUUCAAUGGCCAGCCAAUCUCGCCCGACAUUCCAAGGGAGAUCCUCCUCCGGCUGCAGAGCAAGCUGGCCUCGUGCCGUGGCGGCAACAAGAUUCUCAUGCCACUGCUGCAUGCUCGCAUAUCCGAGGCCCUGAUUCGCCAAAGCCCGCGCAUCUACGAAAUUUCCGAUCAUGGCCCCUCGUCAAAUUCACUACCAGGAGGGACAAUCGUCUAUUCAAGUCAACAACCCCAGGUCUUUCCUCUAACCAACUCGCCACCAUUAAGAUCCACCGAAGGUUAUGAGGAGCAGACAAAUACGGACGGACAGGGAUUCUCACAGAAUAACACUAAUAUUGUCCCCACAUUACGGGUUGUGACCUGGGGCCAGAACAUCCCCGACGCAAUGCUCUCCUCCAACCAAGAUCCCUUCAAUCAGACCCAGGUGUUUCAAGCAUCAUUCGACAAUAUUGAAUCCACGGGGACCAUGGAAUUGCUUUUUGCAAAUAGUGCAAUGUGGGAUUCUGUUGAGAGUUGGGAUUCGCAGUUCACUGGCGCAGCAGUGGGGUAG